AUGCACCCACUAGCGGGAGGCCAGCCUCAAAACCUAACACAGCAACAAGCCGUCACGCGGCCGCUUACCGACCAAAUGGCGGGCGGGAUCCCCGUGCUGCAUCUCCUUUCUCUCAACGGAACCUUUGAGCGCAAGACGAUUCAGGUUCCCUUUGCGCCCGACACAUUAAGAAUCGGCCGACAGACGAACCAAAAAACGGUGCCGACGCCAUCCAACGGCUAUUUUGACAGCAAAGUCUUAUCAAGGCAACACGCGGAGAUAUGGGCAGACCGGUCCGGUAAGAUAUGGAUUCGCGAUGUCAAGUCAUCCAACGGUACCUUUGUCAACGGCACACGCCUGUCUCAAGAGAACCGCGAAUCCGAGCCGCACGAGCUACAGACGGCCGAUCAUCUCGAACUGGGCAUCGACAUCGUGAGCGAGGACCAAAAGACGGUCGUCCAUCACAAAGUCGCGGCCAAGGUUGAGCAUGCCGGCUUCCUCAGUCCCUCUAGCAAUUUGCUAGACAUGAACUUUGGCGACCUCGAUCCCGCCAACGGAAACGUCCUUUCGUCUGGGCAGCGCGUCAUGCACGCGCACUCGCGUAACGGAAGUAACGCACCUGCCAUGGGCAAUGGUCGCAUGAUCUCUACUGCCGGUCUCAUGGGCGGCCCCACGAACGGCGCUCCUCAUCAACGUGGAUACUGGGUAGCACCGAUCACCGCCGAGCAGAUAGUGAAACGGCUACAGACCGAAAUGCGUGGGGCGAAGCUCCAAUCCCAGGAUCUCGGUCGUACCGGCCAGUUUCUCUCUACGAUGAUGACGAAAGAGGACGUCAAGGAUUUCGAAAAGCCCGAGGCACCCGAGCCGCCGAAGCAGCAUAUGCAACCGCUGCCAGAGAAGCCUGAUAUACCAGCUUUGAAGCGCGGUACGACAGAGCGGCCGAAAUCCCACCCUUCCAACACGUCACCGAUCCGGGACAAUAUCCACCAGAUCCUGCAGCUGCAGGAAGACCUUAAGAAUACGAAGCGAGAGCUCGAGGGCCGAGACGCGAAGCUGCGCGAGCUUGAAGAAUCUCUUCAUAGGGAGAGGCUGGCUAGGGAAUCGGCCGAAGACAUCGCGAGGAAGCUGGAGGAGUCGGCCGUUGCGGCGACGCUGGCGGCCAUUCCAUCUGAGCUGGAAGGGGCCGGGUCCGAGGCAUCGUCUGAUGAUGCAACAAUCCUCCCGCACAUGAACGGCUCUGCCAAGGGCGGCUUGGAUGAAGGACUCUUGGCGGAAGCGUUUGACCCUCCCCAAGAAUCUGCAGCGCUUCAAGAGGUGAACUCGACGGACAGUAUCGCUGAAAAGGCUCUAGCGGACCAGGCGGAGAGCACGGAAGCGGCCGCAAGCGAAUACCGAACCCGAAUCGACGAGAUGGCGACGGAGCUUCGCGAUAUGAAGGAGCAGUUGGAGCAGUGGCGGAGCCGUUGCGAAAUUGCCGAAUCAGGACGGGAAGCGGAUAGGAAAUCGCUCGCCGAGAUGGUGCUGAAGAUCCGCCAACAUGAGGAAGAGAGACAGGCCUCGGAAGCGGCGGCUGCUGCUGCGGCUGCCGCAGCUACCGCUGCUGCUACUGCCACCGCGGCCAUAGCGGCGGCGACGGCGACGGCGACGGCGGAAGCAUCCGAGACGUCAGGAUCAGACGCUACGAGGAAGGAUCGGGGACGAUCGAAGAACCGAAGACGAGGCGAGUCCAAGAAGCCAGAGGAGCAGAACGACACGGCACACACAAUGGGAGCAACGGAGCGUUCGACGCACACCAACGGAAAGCCGACGGAGCUAGAAAGCGACGGCGCAAGCGAUAAGCCAACACUAUCCCGGGCGAACACGAUCACUCCACAAAAGUUGCCGUUGGGAGGGAUGGCGCAGGCACAGGACCAAUCCGCAGUCGCUGCCAGCCUCCCGUACGCAUCGAUGCUCGGGGUUGUGCUGCUCGGCAUGGGACUGAUGGCGUAUAUCAAUGGCUGGCAAGCGUCGCCCAAGCUCGACCGAUAA